UAGUCGUCCUCUAGCAGCUUCCAGCGCACACACCAUUCACAAAUGGCGUCUAGUGCAAUAGUUUUGCUGCUGGUUUUGCUCAUUCCAAGUGCGUUCACUUUCAACUUAAAAUUUGUCAACGAUCAGCUGCGACUGUGGUUUGAUCCUCAGGAUGUAACCACCACUUUUGGCGAUGCGAUUAAUUUGACGCUUUGGAUUGAUGGAUAUUCAUACACCAAAAACUUUUCCGUCCAGUUCAGCGAAAGUGAGAACACGUUUGUGCAAAUUGAACCUCCAAUUUGUAGGUUCUAUGAAGAUGAGUUUCACAAUAACUUGAUGACAUUCCAAGCGAAAGGACGUCGUCCUGGAAGAUUCAUCGUGAAGGCAUCGGUAGAACCAGAGCGCUUCGUGGAUGACCAAAGGCUGUUUGUACGGUUGAAGGUCGCGUUGAGUCAACCGCUGAUCAUCAUUGCCUUGAUCAUCGGUUGGACGUAUACGGCGUGCUGGUCUUCUGGAUACUACCCGCAGAUUUACUUGAACUACAAGAGACAAAAUGUGGUCGGGCUUAGCUUCGAUUUCCUGCACAUCAACAUCAUCGGACAUGUCAGCUAUGCGAUCUUCAACUCUUUCAUGUACUGGAACAGUGCGAUCGAGCAAGAGUACUUCAAACGACACCCGUAUGGGCUCAACCCGGUGAUCGGCAACGACGUGGGAUUCGCGGUCCACGCGUGUUUCGCCACCGGGUUCACGAUCCUGCAGUGUUACGUGUACGAAAACGGUGGCAACUCGAUCUCCAAAACCGCCAAAGCCAUCAUCAUCCUGUACUUUCACAUCAUCAUUGGGGCAGCAUGUUCGGUGUGGUUCUGGUCGUACCACUGGCUGGACUUUCUGUACGUGCUGAGCUACAUAAAGCUGUCGACGACCCUGGUCAAGUACUUCCCGCAGGCUUACAUGAACUACAAACGGCAGAGUACGGAGGGCUUUGCGAUCAUGAAUCGGCUGCUGGAUAUCGCCGGAGGGCUGUUCGGCAUCCUGCAGAUGGUGAUUAAUGCGUGGAAUUUUGGUGACAAUAUGUUCCGUUCGUUGGUCAACCAAAUCCGCACUCCUCUGGGAUUAACCCGAUCGCUCCACCUCAAACCACCAGUUCUAGCGGGCCACUCCAAGUGGCAGAACAUCCGCCACAUCAAAGCCCUCAACGAUGGCCGCAAGUCGACACUGUUCAUCAAGCUUGCCCGCCAAAUGCGACUUGCGAUGCAAGCCGGUGGCCCUAAUCCGGCGGUGAACGCCACGCUGCGAGCCGCCAUCGACGAGGCGCUCAAGAAGAACAUGCCCAACUCGACAAUCCAGGGCGUCCUGAAGAAGUUUGCCACGCAGCAGUCGGCGGCCCAGCUGAAAAAGUUCACCGUGGAGAUCAAGGCGUUCGACCAGGUCAACCUGAUCUGCGUGCUGUACACGGACCGGUUUACGCAGCUCAAGAUGGAGAUGGCCACGACGCUGAGGAAGAAUUUUUCAAACUUCUCUGAAGUUAAGCACAUGUUCGACGAGCAAGGUUACGUGGAGGCAAUAGCUUCCGAAAACAAGGCUGGAAGUGAUCUGCUGUCAGCUUGUACCGAAGACGCCAUCGAAGCUGGAGCUGAAGAUGUAGAAAUCAUGAACGAGGAGAGCAGGUUGAUAAGGUUCCUUUGCGAUCCAAACGAGAUCGACCGGGUGCGGACGCAGCUGGAGAAGCUCGGCUACGCGGUGGAGCACAGCGAGCACGCAUUUUUCCCCAAGAGUACGAUCAAGCUGAACCCGGACGCGACGGAAGCAUACGAGAAGCUGAAGGAGAAGCUGCAAGCGAUGGACGGGGUGGAGGAUCUGUAUGAUAACGUGGAGGUGGUGUACCAGUGAUUCGGGGAUGGGACGUGGGUGGAAAUAAACACAAUUGAAAGUUUC